GUUCUGUCAUUUUGCUGCUCAGCUCGUCCGUGCAGGUCGCCACCGCUAUCGUCGCAGCAAACGGACGCAGCGCACCCACAUCUCUCCAACAAACUGACGGCAGCGGAGAACAACAAAAGGCCUGUUUUUCGGCUCUUUGCAGUUCUUCUGCGCGUACACACAAAUAAACACACAAAAAAAACUUUUUUUCUUUCUUCUUUCGAUGUCCUCACGCGCAAAACAACUGGUCGGGGAAGUGGCGCUUCAGCACUUCAUGAAAACAGAGCGGGUGGUGCGCCUGGAGUGCGAGCGGCGCGAGGCCAAAACGCGCUUGAAAGUGAUCGACAUGAUGUCGGCCGAGUUAGACGAUCAGCUGCUGUACGUCGCGCAGUUCAAGAAGGAGUGGCUGCUGAGCCGCCGUGCGAUGGAGGAGGAGCGGCAGUCGGUGAUGAGCGAGGAGAACGCGCGACGCGCCUACGUAGAGGAGGAGUACGUGCGGAACGUGAACAACAUCCUUCGCCGCCACCACCCCUCCUCCGCGCUCGCGCGUGCACAGCUGAAGCAGCAGACGGGCGGAGAUGUCGCGGGAUGA